AAUGGCGUCUUCAUCAUAAAAGAGAACAAACGCUCCCCCUCGCCACCCUCAAACCAUUGGAUUCCGACCAAAUAAUGGCGCCGGAUGCUGGAGGGCAUGACGGAGAACCCAAUCAGAACACGGUUUUCCUUGACACCAGUCUGGGCACUCAUUUAGCUACGAUUGUCUCUGAUUCCGACACUGUCUCCGAUCUCAAAAAGAAAAUUAUGUUAGAACAUCAUCAGUGCUUUCCUGCAAUUGGAGAUAUUAAAAUUCACUGCUUGAAGGUAAAAAGGCGAGGAAACUUCUAUCAUCUGUCAGAUUCUAUGCUUGUUAAGAGUGCAUUUGGGACUACCAAAAGGAAUUGGUUUGUCUCCGCAGAUGCUUCUCGCUUAGAGCAAUGUGAUGGUAUUCAACAAUUUGAUAAACGUAAGGUUGGGGAUCAACUAGCCUUGCCUUGGGUAACAGAUAGUCGAUCGAUUGAUAAGCAUGAUAGUCUUGCAGACAGACCUUCAAAGCAGUCUCUUGUCAAUGGGUCGCCAUCAAUGCAUCCUAAGAUUGUACCAUUUGUGAAUCAGAAAGUUCCUAGUGUCGCUCAUCUUACUUCUGGUGAUUCCUGCAAAGAUCUGUCGGAGAAUGUUGAGGAACAUAAGUCAUCUAAUGAUGAACAUUGGAGAAAUCCGCAACCAGAUUCAGAGAAGCAAGUAGAUUCUAAAAUAGAGAAGUUGUAUACUUUUAAUAACGGGAUAAAAUCCAAGAAAAGAAUACGUGAUGUGCGUAAUGAGAGUUUGCAAGAAGAUGCUUUGCGGUCUGGACCUUCUGUAAAGAAAAAACGUAGGACUCAAAGGAUAGAUUUAAAUGCAAAAGCUUCAGAAGAAGACAGAGAUGUAAUAGAUGAUACUGAUAAGGUAAAACACAAGGGAGAGGGUAUACCUGAUGAGAAUUCCUUUGACCACAUAUCAAAAGGUAAAGAUGCAACUUCAGAUGGUUUAGUAACUAAAGCUUUGAGUGAUGAACAUACCAAUAAAGGUAUUGAUCAAGCAGCCACUGUUGUUCCUUCAAGUGUUGAAGAUGUUGGAGUGGAGACACAUCCUCCAAAAAAUUUAGAAGCAAGUGAAACCGUGCCUGAUGUUGCAAUGGUUGUGGAAAAGAAUAUCCAGCAAGAGAUGCCUUUUGAAAUAUCUUUGAAGGAGAAAGACGAUGAACUUGUCCAAAAAGCAGUUACUGGGAUUGAAAUACCGUCUUCAUCGAUGAGGACUGCUGAUUGUGAAUGUGAUGCUCCUGUUGUAAUUGCCGAGGGCGAUCUAAAAAGUGCAAAGCGUUCAACCAAACAUAAAGCAGCUGAAAAGGAAGUGUCUUCUACACCUUUCACCAAAAAGCUUCAGAAAAUAAACAAGGAUGCUACUGAUUCCUCACAACAAGAUGUCGGAUCUACCGGUCAGGAACUUGCCGCCGAUCAGAUUGAUAAACGCAGAGAAGAUCGAGAAUUCUCACUGAACCAAGGACCCAAAGUGAAGCUUCCUGAGAGGAGCAAGGAAACUAUGGUUUAUGAGAAUACUGGUGGUGGUAAGAAGAGAAAGGCCAAAAAGUAUGCCAAAAACAAAGAUGAAUCGCUAGUGAAGCAUGCUGAUAUUCAUGUGGGUGAUAUCUCUUCAUCGGUUCCUGCUCCAGUCUUUGAUGAUAAAAUUAUUGAUGAAAGAGAGAUUGACAAGUUUAGUAUGGGUAGUGCUGAAAGGAAUGAGGUUUCAGAGAAAACAUUAGUAGAUGAUCCUCUUGUGUAUGUGAGUAAGAAAGGUGAUGAUCCGACUGUGAAAGAGGUGGAAGUUUCAGAACCAACCGAGAGCCAUGGACGCCAGGUGCAUGUAGAAGAUGUGGAAGAAAAACAAAAGAAGGAAACCGAAAAUUGUGUGGGAAGUAGAAGGAAGAAAAAAGUUGCUCGAAGAUCUGUUUCUAUAAAUGACGAGUCUGUUGCAAAGUGUAAUGGUGAUGCUGCCACUGGGACAAAUGAGGAAAACUCUUUGCCUCGUUCUGAAAGGAAAGAAAGUCCAGAGACGAUGUCAGAUGUUGAUCGUGGUAGAAGUGAUGAUAACCCGAUGGACAUCGUUGUCGAAAUUCCAAGAUCUGAGAAAAACAGAAAUCAAGUAAAUACAGAAGAUCUUAAUGAUAACUCAAAAAAGGAGGAUGAGAAGAUGGAUGGUAUAAAGAAAAGCAAAAGGAAAAGGAAAACCAAGACAUUUGCUGCAAGACAUGAGGAUGAGUCGAUAAUGAAACAUGGUCAUGUGGAUACUGGUGGCAUGUCUACAGCUGUGUCUAAUUCAGCUUUGGAUGGUUAUUUGCAAGAAACUGCAAAGCAAGGUGAGAAUAGCUUGCCUGAUUCAGAUAGAAAAGAUAAUCCCAAGGAAAAGCUAGCUGAUUCAUCUCAAUUGGCUGUUGGUACAGAUGGUGAUAAAGAUGGUAUGGAUGGAAAAUCAAGGGACAAGCAAAAUUCAGCUUCUCAGACCUUAUCAUCUGUUCCAAUUGAACAGCAGCUGAAUAAGGUUGACAAGGUACAAGAUGGACAAGGUUCUGAUGAAGGGUUAGUCAGAAAAGCCAAAAAGAACCAGAAAUUUUCAGUGAGAACCCGCAAAGGUCUGCAAAAUAAACAUCAACCUACUGAACUUGAGCUAGAACCAGAGAAAAGUAAAGGUAUUCCUGAAGAGACCUUGAAGAAUGUGGCUGUAUCUGAAGUUUCUAAGGUUAAUAGUGAAGUUGAUAUCCCGAAGGAAAGAUCUCAUGGAAUUGACUUCAUGGACUAUUUUGUGCCUGGCGACCAGCCUAAUAAAAUUGCUUCUAUUGACAAUGUGAAAGACUCUACGCAGUCAGGGAAGGAGAAGAAACCAAAGAAGAAAACAAAAGGAAAUCUGCCUCUUGUAGAAACCUCAGCUGAUUUAGGGAAAUCACAAGUUUCAUUUGGUAACAAGCAGAACGGAGAACAAGAUGAUUCCAGGAACAAUAUCACCAUUCAAUCUCAGAAAUCUGUUACAAAAAAUGAACACAGCAAACUCUUGUUAUCUUCAAAGAAGACUUCAGAGGUUUCUACCAAUGUUGUAAAAGAUCCAAAUAUCACUCAUAUUGAUCAAAUAAAAACUCCAAAAAAGACCAGAAUGAUUGAUACUCCCAAGACCAACAAAUCUGCUCAUGCUAAUAAAGGACAAGAUGGACCAUCGUCUGAAUCGAGCUCAAGCUCAGCAACUUUUGGCAGAUCUUUCCGCUAUCAAAAGCUCAACAAACAGCAAUCAGUUCAGGGCCAGCCUCAUGUUAAAACCUUGAAAAAGAGUGUACCCGUUGUGAACAAUUCACAGCAUGUAAAGGGUUUGUUGAAUACGCCUGGAACAAUAUUUGGAGAUGGUAGUGACGGGAAUUCUUCUGAUGACAGUGAAACUGUAAAGUCAGAUUCCAGCACACGCACACCAUCAAAGUCGUCAUCAUCAAGUGCUUCUAGCAUAUACUCUCGAACAAAUGGGUCGCGUCUUGUGAAAAGAAUGGGAAGUGGUGGAAAGAACAGUAUGAACUCACAGAGCGGGUUCAAGAACAUAAAAAUGGCUGAUCUUUUAAGAAGUUCAAAUAGAUUUAAGAAAGCAAAGAUGAAUGCAUCACAGGUGGUGGAUGAUAUGGAGAGCGAGCCUGUUGACUUUGUUCCAGACAGCCAACCCAUUGCUAAGAGGUAAUUUCAAUUCUUCUUGGCUUAUUAGCUUCAAGUGCUGCUUACUAUAGUCCUUGGUUUUGAAACAAUUACAUGAGGGUUUUGGUGGGGGGAUAAGUUUUGACCAGUUUUUGCCUCUCCAUUCUUUUGAGAUGUUUCAACCUUGUUUUGAGCUGUUGUUGAUUAAUACUAAUGAUCAAGAGUUGA